AUGUCGUCUCCCACUCCCGCCCCGGCCUCGCUAGGCUUUCGCACGUCGUUGCACUACCCACGGGACUUCGGACAUCUCCCAGUCCAUCUUCAAGCUGGCCACACCGCGUGGGAGCUCUACCGAGCGCACCGAAACGUGCGCUCAGCUCUUUCUAUGGGCGACGGAUCCUUCGCCAUCUCGUCCAACGCCCCGUACAUUCCCUCGCCUCCUCCUGGUGCAAACGACCGCGAGGAAGUCUACGCGGAUGGCCGUACGGGCUGGUUCGAGCCUGGGUAUCAUGCUCAGUGGUGGAGCAGCGCGUUUGAACACCACGCGUUCAUCGACGAAGCCCCGGACAAUGACGAAGGAGUCGACGCUGCUUUCGUUAAACUCGACUUCAAGAAAGGACGAAUCCCGGCGUCCUUCUACGUCUUGUGCAUUCAAAAUGGGACCGGCACCCCUACUCGCAACUUCUCGCUCGCCCUGAGAACUCUUUAUGACGCCGAGCUUCGUCGCGCCGAGGAGUUCUAUAACCUCGACCGUUCUCCUCCCUCUGGCUUCGUCCUCCGACCCACCUGUGUUCAGGACGCUCUCUACGACUUCAGCAGCCUCACCGUCGACCUUCACUCCAUGCGCAAGAUCGUCGCCCUCAUCCAACGACACCUCCUGGAGCUGCGAGCCUACGCGCUUCACGCCUACUUACGGCGAGCCUUUGCGGAAGGGCGUUUUUCGAUUCCCUGCCCGGACCUGGUGGGCAGAGGAUGUUGGGUGGAUGAGGGGAACGAUGAGGUUAGGAAGCGUCUCGCCUGGUGUGGCGUCCCCGUCUGGUACGUCUCUCGUUCCCCUCCUCCCGAGAGCAAGCUUGUCUCGUCCAUCGCUCCCUUGGACGACCGACUCUCGUGGGAAGAGUGGGAUGUCGCGGAACACGCACCACCUCAACCACUCGGAAGACGGACCCAACAAAGGAUGCGCCAACUCCAAGCUGACCUGGACAGCGCCGAGGAGGACUCCGAUCUAGAUAUGGGCGACUCAAGGCAGCGGGACCGAGGCCCUCCUCGUCGAGCUUCACCGGCGCCGACUGUCCCUUCUCUGCCGGAUCGAACGGAUGGGGCGACUACCGCGGCCUCGCUCGAGAACCUGGAGGAGGGAUGGGUGAACCAUCCAGCCCCUGAGUCUCUUGCCGAACCACUUCCUCAAGCUCGAACCCCGCGCAGAGUGUUGGAACUGCCGCUCCUGCGCGAGGAUUCGCUCGCGAUCCCGCCACCCCUAAGCCUUCGCGGAGAGACGGUAGCGCCGCUCCCGCGUGCGGACUCGCCUAUGGCCGUGUCGCUACCAGCCAGCCCGGUCGAGUCGUAUGCGCCGCUCCCUACGGCUCCCUCUCCUCAGUCGCCGCCCCCGCGCCCCGCCGUCGACAAAGGAAAACGAAGAGCGAAGUCUCCGUCGCCUAGCCCAUACGGGAGAUACGGCCCGUCCCUCUGUCGUUCCCCUUCCCCGGACUCACAACCCCUCCGUCGUGCCUUAUCUCGGUCGAGAUCUCCUCGGCCCUAUCGCCCUCGCCCGCGAUCGCCCUACCGCGCUCGAUCUCCGCCGCGUCCUCCGCUCAGGAGAGGUGGCGACUUUUACCGGCCCCCUCCUUCGUCUGGGUAUACGAGGCGAUCCAGUCGAGACAAGAUGCAUCGAGCGGAGCCUCCGGAAAGAGCUCCCAGGACCUCCAGGGGACGUAGCCCGGUGAGACGAUCUGAUCCCCCUAGUCGACCUCGUUCCCCUCCUCGCGAACGCGUCUCUCGGGACAGCCCGACCACGUCCAGUCGGUCCCUAGCUGAACGGAUUCACCCACUAUCCGCGCCUGCCCCGACCCGAUCGCUCGAGGAACGAUUGAGGAUCGGAGUGUUGAACACUGCCAACCCUGCCCCUGUCGAGGACGUGAACGAGCCCGGCCCCUCUCUCCUCUCGCGAUUGAGCGACUUGCGUUCCCUGCUCGCUCGGGUAGGGACAACACUUGAGGAACGGCUCUCUGACGUCAGCACUCGCGAGCCCAAGGACGACGAACCCGUCGUCGAGGACGAGGACGAGAGUGCCCAGGACCAAGAGACGGCGAACCAACCCGCGAACCCUAGUCGGAUCGUCACCCUCCCGUCCGGAGCUCCCCUCAGGACGAGGCUGAACCUUCACUCUCCGUCCGAAGUGGUCGAAUACAUUCGCCGACCCUUUGAACGUGACGAGUUCACGCCGGCCCCUCGACGUCCCUGGGAGAGCGAGCUCGGUCCGGAGCCUCAAUUCCCGGAGGAUGGGUUGCUUCUUCUGCCCUCGCCUCAGCUGCUGCUCGGCCGACCCGACGAUUGGUACGGAGCUCUCUUGAUGUGGCUCAAAUCAAGGGAUAAACAAGUGGAGGCAUUGAACCUACCGCCCGGAGAGUGGGACCCCCUCAAGUUCAAGGUCUGGAAGGGUCGCCUGCGUCCGGAUGCUGCUCUGAGCCGUACGCUCAAGACUUGCAACGUCCGUCCGCUCCCCGACGCCAUGAUACUGUACCUCCGAAACCCCGGUCCGGAUGAAGAGGACAAGGAAGUAUGGGAGCUCCGCACCUUCCACUUCCGGUCGAACGUCGAGCCGGGCUCCUCGCCCCGUUACGACCUUUACGACCCUCACGACCUCAAGUCCGUGGUCUUCCAUCGACACACGACCUCGAGUUCACGGCCUAGCCCGGCCCCUCGACGAGAGCGCGAUACCGCUAACUCUCACAAGAAGACCCGUGCCCAGAAGGACGGCGGCGGCCACAGCAACGGCCACGACCACGCCCACAUCGCCUCGCAGGCAUCUGUGGCUGGUCCCUCUACAUCCCACGUCGUGGACAUCGCGCCUUCGGGCAGCAAAGUCCGCACCGUCGAAAUGCGUGCGCCUUUGGCCGAAGAGGUCGACGUGUCUCCUACGGUCGAGCACCUCAAAACGCUCACUCAGGUUGUCGACAACUCUGCGCAGAUUGAGGACUACCUCUCUGAUACGGAGUCGCGUGCAUCCAAGCGCGCUCGUCUCUCCGACGACGACGACGACAUGGCCGUGAGGAUCGACGAGGUGAACGCGGGUUAUAACUCGUACGACGACGGCACCUGGGCUGAAACCCAGGAACCCCUUAACUGGGGGUCGGACGACGAGGAGGUCGACGAGAACGUCGACGAGGACAUCGCGAUGGCCGCCGGCCUUGAUCUGGACGAGGACGCCAGCCGCAUGUAG